AGUGCAUGCUGGGAUUCUGCCUGCUCAACAGAAACAGAUGGCCUCAGGCCGCCACUGAUCUGUCAGUGGCACCAACCGCAUAGCUACUGCUGUACUCAUGACCCAGUGAGACAGGAGAUGGUGUAGUUCUCUCUGCUCACUGGUGUGCAAAUGGACCUACUCGGCAGAGAAAGGCUGGGAUGGCAGUUUCUGGAAGAUGAUUGGUUUGGAAGACUUGGUUGCAGAUAACUACAGAAAAAUAGGAAACCAAGUGCUACCUCCUGGAGCUUCUCUGGGAAAUGGGCUCACACCAGAGGCAGCAAAAGACCUUGGCCUUCCCCCUGGGACUGCGGUCGCAGCCUCACUCAUUGAUGCCCAUGCAGGAGGACUAGGAGUGAUUGGGGCAGAUGUGAGAGGGCAUGGCCUUGUCUGUGAGGGACAGCCUGUGACGUCACGGCUGGCUGUCAUCUGCGGAACGUCUUCUUGUCACAUGGGGAUCAGUAAAGACCCGAUUUUUGUACCAGGCGUCUGGGGGCCUUAUUUCUCGGCCAUGGUCCCGGGGUUCUGGCUCAAUGAAGGUGGUCAGAGCGUCACUGGAAAACUGAUAGACCAUUUGGUGCAGGGCCAUGCUGCCUUUCCAGAACUACAGGCCAAGGCCACAGCCAGAUGCCAGAGUGUAUAUGCGUAUUUGAACAGUCACCUGGAUCUGAUUAAGAAGGCUCAGCCUGUGGGUUUCCUCACUGUUGAUUUACAUGUUUGGCCAGAUUUCCAUGGCAACCGGUCUCCUUUAGCAGACCUGACACUCAAGGGCAUGGUCACCGGAUUGAAACUGUCUCAGGACCUCGAUGAUCUUGCCAUUCUCUACCUGGCCACAGUUCAAGCCAUUGCUCUCGGGACCCGCUUCAUUAUAGAAGCCAUGAAGGCAGCAGGACACUCUAUCAGUACUCUUUUCUUGUGCGGAGGCCUGAGCAAGAAUCCCCUUUUUGUGCAAAUGCAUGCAGACAUUACUGGCAUGCCUGUGGUCCUGUCACAAGAGGUGGAGUCUGUUCUUGUGGGUGCUGCUAUUCUGGGUGCCUGUGCCUCGGGGGAUUUCGCUUCUGUACAGGCAGCAAUGGCAAAAAUGAGCAAAGUUGGGAAAGUUGUGUUCCCGAGACUGGAAGACAAAAAAUAUUAUGACAAGAAAUAUCAAGUAUUCCUGAAGCUGGUUGAACACCAGAAGGAGUAUUCAGCAAUCAUGAAUGGUGACUGAACAGGGUUUGCAAGUGCUAAUGCCAGAAGGUUCUGCAUCACUGCAUUAGGGACCUCUGUGAUUUCAUCUAUAUUCAAGACCCUUUAGUAUCAUUUUGUCAUUUCUGCAUUGUCUUUUAAUAAAGAAAACAGAGACAUGUUCAACCAGAA